CCGUUCUGUUCGUUUGGUUUGGCGGUAUCGCGAACGCAACGUCUACAUCAUGGCUGUUCCUUUGUGACUUCUGUGGCUUUGGUGCAUGGCGCUGGGGCGGCGUUGGGUGGCUCGGCUCUGCAGGUUUAGCUCCUGCCGCCAACAGCCGCUAAAAUGUUGCGACGUUGCUAGAUGACAAUUGUGCGUGUGCGGUUGUUGUCGCUGCGCUCUCUUCUGCAUGCUGGUUGUGUGUUGUGUUACUCUGUUCACAAAGCUGCGGCUUUUGGUGGUCUGGUGGUGUGUGCAACCCUUUCCUCAGCAUGUAGCUUCAUUUUCCACAUUCCCCAUCUCCCUCCGACCAAGCCUUCAACCCUCCAUCGCGUCCUCCUCUGCCUCCCAGCACACGCUUCUCCCCCUCCUUUCAACAGCCAGCGAGCGACGUACCACAUUGAGAGAACAAGCACACCAAGCGAACAAUCCCACACUUGACGGCCAAGCACCCUCCCGACGUCUGAGACACCCAUCUCUCCUGCCUCUCGGAUCUCUCGGUUCUCUCGGAUCUCUCGGAUCUCUUUCUGUUGUGCUCCUCUGACCAUGUGCGAAACAGCGAUGCCAUCAAUCACGUUUACGCACCAAGACCAAGACGGGCACGCUUCGCUGCCACAGCAACAGCGGGAGCAGACCUACGCCUACCACUUGCUGGCAUCCCCACACUUUGACACGACGCGGGCCAUGUUUGCCGCCUUCCUCCUCGAUCGCAACACGUUCGCCAUGUCCACCGUCGCCACCGAGCUGGAGGAGGCCUUUCAGGAGCAGCUCACACAACUGGAGGACACCUUCAUGGCCCAACACCAGCAACAACAACACCAGCAACAGCGACAACACCAAGCACAGGGACAAGACCACCAUCAGGACCAAGAAGGCAAUGCAAGGCCCGGCACGCCCUUGUCGUCGUGUGCGUCAAUGUCCCAUCUCGCCACAGCUCUCGCCGAGGACCGUGAUGCUUCGAGUGCGCCCCGGCCUUACUCUUGCCCCGCAUCCCCAGCCCCGCAUGGGCACGCCAACUACGACGGCAUGACCUCCGGUGUGGAAGGAGCGUGGUGCGCUCUCUCGUCGGCGUGCUCCUCUUCCACGGCCGGGGACUGCCCGGACGCUUUUGCCGAGUGUGCGCCUGCGAUCUUGCGUCAGCAAGCGCAGCAGCUGGAAGCCAUGCUGGAGACGGGCCUGUCGCAGGCACAGGUGCAGGCCGUGCAACACUUGCUCGGCUGCACCGACAUGGCGGCGCUGCUGGAGUACAUGGCCAGCCUCUACCCGGCAUUCCCCAUUGUGUGCAAGGAGGAGAUGCCAGGCGUCGAUACAAGCCUGUACAUGCGGGUUGCCUCCACGGCACGCGUGCAAGGCUGGGACGUGAGCCACUUUGCGCAGCUGGCCGCCUGUCGUUUGGUGCAGCCGACACACGUCCCCUUUGCCCAAUCAUCAUCCACCUACUAGACUUGCUGUCUGUGUGUGUGUGUGUGUGUGUGUGUGUGUGUGUGUGUGGUUGAUUGAUUGAUUGAUACACUUGCCGCCAUUUAUCAUGCUCUCAUGACCUUCCUUUCUUCCUUUCCUUGCCCGGUUUCAACCUAUGACCACCCCUCGACCCUCCUCCUCCUCCUCCUCCCCUUUCUUGACGAAGCACAGUCCUUGCUCCUAAGUGUCCCUUCAUUGCGUGCUUUCAGCUUAUCUCUUGCUUCUCACACACCCUUUUUGAAAGGGGCUAAGAGACUUGUCUACCUGCUUGUGCAUACAUACAUACACACAACGCCCUGGCGGUCCUUUUGAUGCACAUGAAGGAAUGAAACGAUGAAACACAUAACCUUGGUCCUGCAGAGCACAAG